AUGUUAGGCUUAUUGUGGGUCAUUGUUAUUCCUCUUGGGGCAAUAUCAGCAGGCAUAGUUCAAACUCCUGGUGCUGAAAUUAAUUCUGUAUUCAGCUCAUUAAAAAGUCAAACUAUAUUUUCAUUGCCACCAUCAGUUGAAUUUCUUGGUAAUGUUAAAAGUAGUUGCAGGAACACAUCUUCUCAAGCAUCGAGGUCAAUUCCAAAAAGAUUAAAACUACCUGAUGAAACUAAAGAAACAACAAAAUGGACGAAUACAGAGCUUCAGCGUGUGGUCAUGCUGGAGCAGCUAAAAUAUUAUCGGUUAAAAAAUUUAAAGUUGAAAUACACUACACCCCAACAUGUAUUAAAUGAAGAGGAGAUAAAUAUUGUUUUUAAUAUAAACGUUGAUGGAAAUAAAACAUAAAAACGGGAAAAUAAAUUUUGGUUACUGUUAAAUGUACAGUAGUUUUAAAUUUACUUAAAUUAAGUUUUUUUUUACCAUGUAUUACAUUUUCAACAUUUAAAAACGUUAUACAUAGUAUUAAAAGA